AUGAACGCCGUCCGCAACCUCUUUCCCCAUCCCCACACUUUCUUCCCCAGUCAUUAUCGACAGAGCAGUAAUACUAGUAACCCGUACCAUCAUGCCCCAGGAUGGUAUUAUCAUCCAGAAUCUGCUUCCACGCCUAUCAAACUCUCGUCCGAGGAUGUCAAUAACUCUCCGCGACGACGACACCGACAGCAGAGAAAUGAUUAUGAAUAUAGUCCUAGCUUACCAGUCAACAAAGGGGAGAAUGCGAAAAGUAGAAGGAGAAAUGAAGCGGAUUUUCCAAGACGUGGAAGAGCUGAAGACUUUUCAAAAAGACAAGGUGAAGGAAAUGGGGUCUUCGCAGCUACGAAAAAUGGUAGGAAAGGUAUCGAGAACAUGGAAAGGGAGAGAGAGGUGGAAAUAAAAAUGGAGAUUCAGAGGAGAAUCGAUGGAUAA